UUCGCACUGCUCACUCCCGCCUGCCGGAUCGCAUCGCAGCAUUGAUUUGUCCAUUUCCCAUCAUUUCUGCCAACUUUUACUCCGCGUCUCCUCGACCACACUGCGGCUUGCGUAUCGCCACCUCGAAACACCCAACACCGCCAUCAUGUCUGCUGUCAACGGCGCUGGCAACGGCAGCACCUCCAAGGCUGCUGAUGUCGAUGGCCUCUCGGCCCCCGGCUUCCAGCCCCAGAACAAGAUGACAGUCCAGCCACCUUCGGGAGAAGACCUUCAGAAAAGCUAUGCCGCUGUGGUAGGAAACGAAGCCAACCCCAAGGGCUGGUACGGUAGCAUGAUCAACACUCUCGGCUCAUGCAUUGGAACUCUGGGUGCCAUUCCUUGCUGCAUCAUCUGCCCCAACCCUUACAAGCACGUCAACCAGGGUCAAGUCGGUCUCGUCACAAAGUUCGGUCGUUUCUACAAAGCAGUCGAUCCCGGUUUGGUCAAGGUCAACCCCCUCAGCGAGAGGCUCAUUCAAGUCGACGUCAAGAUCCAGAUUGCAGAGGUGCCUGAGCAAACCUGCAUGACCAAGGACAAUGUUACUUUGCGCUUGACCUCUGUCAUCUACUAUCACAUUGUGUCUCCCCACAAGGCCGCUUUUGGUAUUUCCAACGUGCGCCAAGCUCUUGUUGAACGCACCCAGACCACCCUUCGUCACGUUGUCGGUGCCCGUGUUCUUCAGGACGUCAUCGAGCGCCGCGAGGAAAUCGCACAGUCUAUUGGAGAAAUCAUUGAGGAUGUUGCUGCUGGUUGGGGUGUCCAAGUUGAGAGCAUGCUCAUCAAGGAUAUUUUGUUCAGCCAAGACUUGCAAGACUCGCUCUCAAUGGCUGCCCAAAGCAAACGAAUCGGUGAAAGCAAGAUCAUCGCCGCCAAGGCCGAGGUCGAAUCCGCCAAGCUCAUGCGCCAAGCCGCCGACAUCUUGAGUUCUGCGCCAGCCAUGCAGAUCCGUUAUCUCGAGGCUAUGCAAGCCAUGGCCAAGUCCGCCAACAGCAAAGUCAUCUUUUUGCCUGGCAACAGCCAGCCCCUCAACGCAGCUACUAUGAAUGCUGCGCUGGGCGAUUUCGCUCAAUCCGGCGAAGGUAGCACCAGUACCGCCGGGAAUGCUCGCGAUUUUGGAGGUCAGGACUCAGGUUUCCAACAAGCCAUGAACGCUCGCGUCGUGGAAAAUUUCUAGUCGUCGUGCCUCACAUGAAGGCCUGCUGCUGACUCUUGAGGUGGCUUUGGUGGUUUAGCAUGGUCCACUUGAUUUCGAGAAGCGACAUACCCCGUGUGUUCCAUCGUUUUCAAAAACGCCCAUCACUUUUUUCUACCCUCAAAACACCUCACUAAACGUUUGUCUCGCCUUUGCGUCUUCGACAUCGCGGCUCGAUUUAUUGCUUUCGAUUUACUUGUUUAUACCCGCUGCCUGCACAACACUUUGUUUGUCACAGGUUUAAUAUUUUUUUUUACGCUCGUUAUGAUACCAUAUGGGGGUUGGAUGUGGAUCUUGGGAUGUGAAGGAUGGAUAUUUGGUUUGUAUGAUACCCAAGAUACCCAGAGGAGAGUGACGGAAGAUAGGUAAAAUAUUAGUAAUUAAUUACGAUUCCAAUUGCGAUUUAUUGGUAUAUUU